AUGUACAGAGUUUUGCAUAGCAUCGGUCAGGCUCCAGCUCCGGCUCCGGCUUCUGAACCGGGAAUUCCAACUAAGAAUGCAUGGGAAAUUCCAUUAAUUGCCACUGUUUGCAGCGUCAUUAUCCUGUUCAGUUACUACAGAAUACUCAAACCUCUCUACUGCACAAAUUAUGGUGUGAUCUCUAGAAACCGAGUUGGAAGGCAGAUUCUAAACGAGGCUAAUCCUGAUGAUCCUUCCCUGCAGUUUCACAGCCAUGCGCUGGAAUCUUCCAUCCUCAACUCUCUUCCCAUAUCUCAGUUUGAGAAGAGUAAGGAAGGAGAAGAAACCCAGAUAACAACAGAUUGUGCAGUUUGCUUGGGUGAGUUCGAAGAAGGGCAGUGGCUAAAACGUCUUCCCAUCUGCACUCAUGCCUUCCAUGUUUCUUGCAUUGACACUUGGUUUCAGACUCACUCAAAUUGUCCUCUCUGCAGAUCACAUGUUCAUGAUCUCGCUCUGCACCAUGAAUUUGAAUCUCCUGUUUCUCAGCAUACGGUGCCGCAAAUUCUAAGGAGAGAAGACUUUUUCCAUGAAAGGGCUGAGCAUUACCAAAUCCUACGUUCCACGAUCCUAACAACUUCCUAG